AUGGGGCUUCUUGAUAUUCACCUGAAGCUCAAGGCAUAUCAAAUUCAACGCUUUCUGACUGGAAACAUUGGAAGCAAGAAGAAAUUUCAGGCGGGAAGGAAGCCUGCAUGGAUGAUGCAACUAUCACAUGGCCAUUUCGUUCACGAAAAUAAGGAUGGCUUGGGCUUGGACACGGACUCGGUUGUGAUUCAAAGAGAGCAAAUUCAAGAGCUUGAGCUGUGGCUCUUUGGGGUUUUUGAUGCUCAAGUAGGAGAUAGAGUCACCAAGUACUUGCAAUCGAAUUUGUUUGACAAGAAGCUAAAUGAGUCACAGAUAGUGAGGGAGGCCAAAGAAACAACGAGAAAAGCGUACCUCGGCGCUAGGGCUAAGAUAAGGGAGAGCAAGAAGGUGAUGGAUGGGGAGGCGGUAAUGAAAGUGGGUUUGGCGUCGGUGAUGGUCGUGAAUGGAGAAAAGCUUGUGAUGGGUGACAUGGGUGACCAUAGAGCAGUUGUUUGCAGGAAUGGUGUGGCUAAGCAGACCACAACCAAGCACCAGCAGUCAGCCGAGAGGCAUUGGACUCAAAGAAUCAUCCCAGGUCGGAUGUUAGCAUGGACUUCUAGCAGGGAAGACGCCUCUAAUCAGUCUAAAAGCUCCAAAGUCGCGAUUGGCGUUGAGAGGAUCGACACAAACACCGAAUUCAUCAUACUGGCAAGCUCUGGCAUAUGGGAGGUGAUGAAUAAUCAAGAAGCUGUGAAUCUGGUCAGGCACAUGGAGAGCCCAAAAGAAGCAUCUGAGUGCCUUGCAAAAGAGGCCUUGACCAGGAUGAGCAAAGGCAGCAUUUCUUGCUUGGUGCUUCGCUUCGAAGACUUGUAA